AAGUGCAGUGCCCUAGGACACCUGGUCAAGCUUGUGGCCCUGACCCUGGGCCUGGCUGCCUGCUUGCCUGCAAUCUGGAUUGCUGCUGAGACCAUGGUGACCUUCAUGGCUGGACUGCAUGAGCGUGGCAGCACCCUCAGGGUGACUCCUGAUGCUCAAGUCUACAACACGAGCUUAAAUUACAACCCAGUUCUUACUGGCAAUGCUGUCGUGGUCUGCACCAGCCCUGCUGUGGUUCCUAUGGAGUGCCACUACCCAAGGAGGGACAAUGUAGUCAAGCCUAUAUGGGUGCCUUUCCGUUCCACCCUGUCCUUUGAGGAGGAGCUGCCCUCCUACUAUGACUGGAGUUCUGAGAGAGUCUCCACCAUACUUCAACUGGGAGAGGCCCUCCACUUCCAAGCUGGUGUCAACACAGAGAACCAUGCACCUCUGAGGACAACUACGUGGCCACCCAAACCCCAGUUUGAGCUCUUCUCCCCAAUCUACAUCACCUGCCACCUGAAGGUCUCCCUGGCUGACCAAGCUCCUGACCCUCUGAACAAGACUUGCUCCUUCAACAAAGCCAGCAACCUGCAAGUAGCUGGAACAGCAGCUUGCCCAAAGGUGAAGAACUUGGGUUUCUCAUCUGGUGUGUCACCUUCCCGGAAAGUGGGGUUGGCCACCUGGCCAGGAGGGUUUGGCCUCUCCUAG